AUGGAGGAUAAGAAAAGCACGAUCCAAGUGGAGGUGCGAGUAAAUCCCAGGUUGGACAAUGCAAUAGAAAGCACCCCAACAGCACUGACCGUAGGAACAAAAACUUAUACUUUCAGCAAAGUGCAUCUCACGACAUCACAGACGCAAAUGUACAACAGAAGUGUCAGGCAUCUUACAGAAUUAUUUCUUGAAGGAUACAACUGUACAGUGAUGGCAUACGGACAGACAGGGAGCGGAAAAACUUAUACAAUGGGAAUGACACAUGAGGACAUGACAGGGAUUGUUCCGCAAUCUCUUAAACAUAUAUUCAAGGCGUGCCAGGAAAUAGACUGCGUCUUCAUCGAGGUUUACAACGAGGAAGUAAUUGACUUAUUUAGCAAACAUAAGAUGCCACUGAGCCUGAGGGAAAUGAAUGGAGAAGUUACAAUCGCUGGAGCCACUGAAGUAACCUUAAGAUCAUACGAGGACGGAAUAGAGGCACUGAAAAAAGGAUCUCUAGAAAGAACAACAAAGUCAACCAAUAUGAAUUCAAAGUCAUCCAGAAGCCAUGCAAUAUUCACUCUUUUUCACAGGAAAGAGGUAAACGGAUCAUUCGUAACAUCAAAGUUUUCUUUUGUUGACUUGGCCGGAAGCGAGAGACUCAAAAGAACUCUGUGUGCUGGAGAUCGUGUAAAAGAAGGAAUAUCCAUCAAUUCAGGGCUUCUGGCACUUGGAAACGUCAUUUCUGCUUUAUUCAAGAAGUCCUCGCACGUCCCAUUUAGAGAUUCAAAACUCACUAGGAUCCUCCAGAGCUGCUUGAGUGGGUAUGUUCUGAUGAUAGCUUGUGUCUCUUCCUCCCAUGCAGAUAUCAGUGAGACACAUAACACCUUAAAAUAUGCAAAUAGAGCAGCUUCGAUAGAAACUACAGUAAAGAUGAACGUACAGAUCGACGGAUCAAAGUUUACAACCCUCCUGCUGAAGAAGGAAAUACAGAAGCUGAAGGUGGAAAACCAAAUGCUUAGGGAAAGGUUUAGAAGGGAAUCCAGGGCCAACAUAGAGGAGUUGGUUUCAGAAAACCGUAUGCUUAAGUCGAGGAUAGAUGCUAUGGGCUUUGAAAAAGACGAUAGAAGAGAGGAUAUAGUACAAGAAAUUCUAAAACAUCCUUUUGUGCAAAAUCUGAUCGAUGAAAAUCAGAGGCUUAGUGACAUGGUUCAGAAGAUGUCGGAAGAAUCUAAGAAUCAGAUACUCCUGAAUGCAGGUAGCUGCUUGAAUGAGACGGAGUACAAUAAAGAUCCCACGGGUACUGAAAAGAGAGCCUCAGAGAAUAGAAUAAAUUCUCCGGAAAGCAAUUCUCACAAGAAAAAUAGCGAAGAGCUCUUGAAAACAUCCAUUGGCCGGAAUAGAUCCUCUGGGGCAUCACCAAGCCAAGCCAAAGACAGUGGGUACAAAGAUCAAUUAGAAAGUCUAGCAAAGGAGGAGCAUUCAAAAAUUGAUACAAUAAGAAGGCAUGUCGAUUCAUUAGAAAUAUCCGACACAUGCGAAAUUAUAGAAAGCCAAGAAGUAAAGCAAGAGGAUCCCAAAAUUCACAAAAGAAUCGUGACCUUCGAUCUAGGCAGAAGCACUAAAAAAUAUGCUCUCUUCACACCAAGAAAAGAAAAAAUAACCAUGGUCACAACUGUUGAAGAUAAAUUGGCCGGGUAUCUUCCCACUACAUUAGCACUCUUCGAUUCCCACCUCGUAUUUGCAUCUAUAGAUAAUAAGAUCCGAGGGUGGGGCGAUAGAGUGGAAAUUCUAUUCACAGAAGAAGGCGUUAGAUGCAUGGAGGGAUCUGAAGCUCUCUUAUACACAACAAGGGGAAUACUAAAAAGCUUUGAUUGCAGAUCAGGCACACGCCCGGUAUAUGGUUUCAGAAGCGAAGUCUCAGCACUGCUUUCCCGAGAUAACUACAUAUUCACUGGGCAUGAAGACGGGACGCUUUCAAUACUUGACCAAAGAAACUCCAAGUUGGUAUUCUCCGAAAAGGUGCACUCAGGAACCGUCUUUUGCAUAGAAAAGAUCGGGCCAGAUACAUUCACAGGCUCCAGAGACCAUACAGUCAAGUGCUACAACAACGGACUUAUAACGCUUUCUCCACCACACCUAGACUCAGUUCAGGGGUUGCUGUGUUAUAACGACGAGCUAAUAAGCUUCGGAAGAGACUGCUCGUUGCGGAGAUGGAGAAACAAAUCAAUAGUUAAAACAGUUCCAUAUGCACACGACUCAUGGAUCAAGUGUGGAGCGUCAAUGAAGGACUCGUUUGUCACAGGAUCCAAGGAUGGAAUGCUUCGGUUCUGGGACUUUUGGGACAACUCGGUGUUCUGUGUCGGAAAAACAAAGGCAGCAGGAGCAAUAAACUCGGUUGUAUGGAACGGAGCAAUCGUUUAUGUAGGGUGCCAAAAUAAAGAGAUUCUGGCUAUAAGAUGUAGAUAUGAUGGUUGA